AUGUCAGUUAGAUUCAAUGAGACCGACCGUCUAAACGAACGAUACGUCAAGCUUCGACCAACAGAGCUCCAACGGAUCGCCGGCGAAGUAGUACAACAAGACUAUUGCCCUGAUAUUGCUAAGAUUAUAGAAGGAGGCUUUAACAAAGUGUUUCUUCUGCGAGUAAAGAAUGGCCGCGAAGUGAUCACGCAAAUUCCCACUCCUACCGCCGGGCCUCCUCAUUACACAACCGCUAGUGAGGUAGCUACGAUAGACUUUUUACGAGCUGUCCUUACUGCCCGAACCAGAGGUCUCGGCAUAUUCAACAGCCUAGACAAUCCCGUCGGAGCAGAGUAUAUUCUAAUAGAGCGGGUAGAGGGGGAGAGCCUUUCCUCACGGUGGUUAUCCCUCACGACCGACGAGGUGAAAGACAUAAUGACACAAAUCGCAGAUAUAGAGAGGAAGAUUUUUGACUUCCAUUUCCCUACGUAUAGAACCUUAUAUCACGAGAAGUACCUUAACGGGAAACCCAUAUACCAAUCGUGGAAGACUUCUAUAUCGGUCCUGUGUCUGCCCGGCAGUUGUAGCGUGACGAACGGAGCAAAAAAGAAAUUGACCCACACCUCGUUACUUUCGCGAUUCCUACAAUUGGCGCCUCAUUUAAUCCGAGCGGGUUCUUACAGAGCUCCAACGCUGAGACACCCUAAUUUAAGUCUUAGCAACAUUUUAUUAGCACCUAGAUCAACUCAAAAUCAUUAG